UUUUUGUUGUUUGGGACAAAACAUUUUUUUUACUCCUACACUGGAAAACAAGCUCAAUCCCUCAAAUUCCGUGACAAACGCUUUGACUCACAAAAAUGAGUCACUUGCUCUGUGAGCCUCCAUAGCAGCACAGAAAACCUCGCCAUCUGCUCUGUUGUACAAUGCGUCUUUAAAAAAAAAACAUGAUCACAGGCCGAAACAUCAAGCUUGAAGGCUUUUUGUCUUCCUCUGAAAGGAGCUCUGAACCUGUGUCUCCCCUGAGAUGUGUUUGUACUGGCAGCAGCGGUGUCAGAGGAAACCUUUUCACACUCUCCAGCCCGUCAGAGGGCGGCUCUUUGACUGCUUUUUACGCAUCAUUAUAAAGGCUUAACUCCCUCCCUCUGCGCGCUGUCCCGCUCCUCCGCUGCCAGCCCUCAGUGUCUGGAUCUAUGUUGUAGCCUAGAUUGACGGGCUGACAAAGCAGUCUAUAAAGAUUGAACGUUUCUUUACUUUUUGCCUCCUUUUGGGUGUUUUUUUUUUUUUUAAUUCACCUGCGUUUGGAUACCGCUGACUUAGGCAUUGGAUAUGUGCACACAGGAUGAUGACAACCCCUUUCCUCCCCGUAGAAGUAAAAUAAAAUAGGCUUUCGCACACACUGGAUUUAGGCUACUCCUGUCGUUCCAUAUGAAGAAGUCAAAAAGUUGGAUACACGUCUGUGUCCGUUUCCUGCUGUUCAUCACACUUGGGGUACUUUCCGAUACUGUUGACUCCAACCCAAUCACAGAUGACAUCGUCAAACUUUCUGUUCUGAAACAAAAUAUUCCAAGAGAUUAUAAUAUUUCUGUGCUCUACAUUCCAAAAGAACUGGCAGAGAUGUGUUGGGUAAAAAUAAACAUAUUUUACUUGGAGGACAGUUUAGACAAAUUAGCGAGAAAGUUUGGAAAUAUUUCAUCCAAUAAAAAAGACAUUGAGAUAUUCAUUGAUAUGCUUCAAGAUCUGCGAUUAAAGCUAAUGCCUGUGGAGCCAAUAAUGCAAGACUUUGCAUGCCACUACAGGGAGGGACAGUGGAAAACAGAGGAAUACUUUGAAUAUGUCGAAGACCUCCUCACAAGUACAAAGGACAACAUUUUAGAUGACUGUGAUCCUCCUCCUUGUCCUACCCCUCCUCCUACAGGUGAUACCAGACCAGAUUGUUGCAACUACUCCAACAUAAUGAGGACUGGAAAGAACAUUGACCUCACCUUACCUCCAGCAACACUGACAACCAACAUUUCUGUUAAAGUUCUCUCCCCAGAGACAACCUCUUCUACAAAUACAUGCCUAGGAUGUUCCACCCGGACAGCCCGGACAGGAGGAUAUACUGGUGUACCUGAGAAGCUACUACAAAGCCUUCCCAUACUCUUUAUUCCACUCCUUGCCCUUGUUUUCCUGCUGGUGUGGAAGCUCCAAUCCAAAAGGAACGAGGAGAUUUCUCAACCUUCAGAAACAGUACUCUUCACUGAAGGGACGUCACCUCCUACAGUGGAUGAAGCAUCUGAAACACUGCAGGUCACUGAAACAGUGUAAAGUUCUGAUUGUUGAUCUACUUCAGCAUAACUGGGCUCCGCACUUUUCUCUGUGUGUUGGUGUCCAAAGGUGGGAGAACAAACAGGAAAGUAAAUACUCUAAUGAGAUCACUGAAGUGGAAGUCCUUUUUUUGACCUCCUUUCAGAUCCAGAGUGGCAAAUUGCCACAAACAGAAACCAUCUGGUUAAAUCACGCCUGACACUGUUUGGAUGAUUGCCUUUUAUUAUAAGACUGCAUUUACCCGGUUCUUUGGAAAAUUAUAAAAAGACUUUUUACACCCUUCCGCCCCCUUGACCACAAGCCCCGGAUUCUCUGGCUCCCACUUAUUCAACAGGACCUGCAGCAGCCUCUUCACCCCGAGUGGAAAACUUUUCUUUUUUCCUUUUUUUUAAGCAUGUUUCUUCAGAUGCCCAUGACUGUGGCCAUCAUGAAGAAAAAAGUGGAGAGACUGACUCUGGCGAUACUUUAUCUGAACUGAGGCAUGAAUUACUACCUCUGAUGAUCCUCAUGUUAACCACAUCCUCAACAGCUCCCUUAGCUUUCCUUCAAGUCCGGGGUUACCCAAACAAUAAUAGUGUUAAGUGUGGUAGUUCCAAAGUGUAGUCACAUUGUCUGGUUUUAGGUUUGCACCCAUUUGGGUGAACGAUGUAUUUAUUUAUUGAUGGUGACUUUUAGCUUCUGCUUUUCUGUCAGUUGAAGUGUUUCAAACAAUCAUGUAAGAGCACCUUUACUAAUGGGCCACAUAAAAAAAGCUGUCUGUACUAACACUUGUAAUCCACACAUUCCUUCAGAGCAAAUUCUACUUUGUCAAUUGAUGUUGUUUAUAUGACCUGGGCAACUUUGAAAAUGUAAAUGACUUACAACAACAAAAACCGUGUGUGAAGUAGGAGUCUGUAAUGUUUAAAACCUUCAAUGGCAUUUCUCUAAUGAACAUCACGGAUGAUUUUAGUGGUUCAUCCUAAACCAAUGUGAAUUCCUUAAAGUUUCAGGCUCAGAGACAUGGACACAGUCUCCCCAUGUGAAUGUUUGUUCCUGCAAUGCCUCUGCUUUUCAUGCCAUUGGUAUACUUCAGGAAGCACUCUGUAAUAGUACUCUCGAAAACAGAUGCACAAGUUUAAAAACUCAGAUAAAUAGAUGGACAGAUACCUAAAUGAUUUUCUAUUGUACAUUGAGUGUUUAAUUCUGGACCAGUAAUGAGUCUAACUAGAAGACGUUUUAUUCAUUCUGUCUGAUCUCCCCCCGUUCAGUGAUUCUGCUUUCCUUGCAUAAGAAGUAAGUCUGGGAGUGCAUUUGAGGUAUUGAAAAGAUAAAGUUUAAUAAUUAUUAUAAAAUUUUUAUCAUUUUGGGAAAAUGCACUUUACUUUUUUCCAUUCCCUGUAAAACUCCCAAAGCCAGAAAGAAAUACCAAUACAUUUUUUUCCUCAAAGUUAUGUCAAAGAAAAACAUUUGCAUCCUACUUCAAUUUGGCUGAAAAAAACAAAUAUCAGUUCUAAAUUGAAUCAAUAACAAUACCUUAUAGAGCUCAUGGAUGUUUUGAAAGGAGUGGCACAUCCCUACACUUUGGAGAUAUGAGACGGCAGAAACUUAAAGUGCAUUCUGCAACAGUUACAGCUUUUCUAUUGAGGAAAAGCAAUACAUGUGCUCCCUGGUGAGGGAAAAAUUUGACUUUAUGUUGAAGCUACAUGAAAGUACAAAACAUUCUAUGGCUUUUUCUUUAAAUACCUUUGUAAGGGCCUCUGCUCACGCUUCAAUACUGUUAAGCCAGUACCAUCCGUUUUGAUCGUGUUUAAUUUUUCUAUAACACCUCUGCAAAAAGCUUGAAAUCCUGUUUUCAAAGCAAUAAGUAGAACACAUCAGAGUCAAAAAUGCAUCUCUGUGAUUUUAUUUUAUUUUGUUUGAACAAAGUGGGUGACUGGCAUAAAUCCUUGACCAGGAAGGAUUCUAGUAGGUCAGUAACAGAUGCUAGAAUUUAAAAUCAUUGUGAAUAUUAAAUAGGAAUCUGUAAAAAGGUAGGAGUGUGAACAGGACACGCUGGCUGUGACCUUUCCCAUCAAUCAAAUAGCUGAAAUUUUAACAGAAGUGGCAGGAUUAAAAAAAGCUGUUUCUGUAUCUUGUUUGAGUAUUUUUAUCAUGUUUGUGGUCUUACUUUGUACCGCUUUUGCUUUUGUGCCUUGUUUGACUAGUGUGAUUGACUCAUGUGUAAAUGUGUAAAAGCCUGUAUGUAUUUUCUUGUGGUAGCAAAAACCAACCCAUCCAAUCCCCAGUGUCCCACGGCUGUUAAACAAGAAUUUAGUCAUAACUUUUGUUGAGUUAUGAUUUGGUACAACUUUCUCCUCUUAUGGAAAGCUCGAUAAUUGACAAAUAUAACAUCAGCAGGAUAAAUAUAUGUGCUUGUAACAUUUCUCUUCAUAUUUGUACAUUUUAGAAGCCACUUCAGCAAACUGCUGCUUACCCAUGCAUUUGGAGCUAUAUGUUGGGGGAGUUUUCUUAUAAAAAACAAGAGUAUACUGUGCAACAGGGAGCCAACUUAAAAAGAAUAAAUGAAAAACAAAAGAAAAUGAGCGUAUACCACAUUGGUGUCCAUAUAGAUCAACAGUACCUUUCAGCAUGAAUAGCUGGAGUUUUGUUUGUUUUUUGUUUUGUUUUUUAAGGUAAUGCUUGUUGUGUUGAAGAUCAUGUGAGUUCCAGAUUGUUGAGGACAACAAAUGGCGACACACUAUCUGUGCCAUAUUCUUUAUGGCAGUUUAGAGUUGAGUCUGUGUUAGAGAAGUGCACAUCUGCAUCGUUAGUGCUUCAAGAAGGAACAUCAGACCACCAGUGGAUUGGUGAAGCACUGAGAUGUCCAAACUUUUAGACAGUUUUAUCUAUUUGACGAUGCAUUCUGAACUAUAUUGAAGUGUACAACCUAUGACGGUUUAGACCUGACUUUCUCUUGCACCACCCUUAAGUGGGACCCUCUCAAGCAGUAUCCAGUAUUCUGACAGUGACACAGUCUGGUCUGUCUACAAACUAACCAUGAGGCAUACCAUUAUAUUUGAAAAUUGUUUUUUAUACAAAGUCUUUGAAUAAAAUGAGCUACAACAGGUCUAAGCUGUGAACAAACAAAGAAAUAACACGGUCUCCCAUUUUCCUGACUUUGUGAGAGCCAGAUGAAGUUGGUGUGUCUAAUGCAUUGGUACAAGAAACCAUGCAUUGGUCGAAAGAAUGACUGCCCCGAAAUGCUGUUCCUUUGUAGGUCUUUGUGAGGUCUGGGAGGGAGCAGAGCUGCAUCCCUAACAGUGCUUUAGGGCACGAGUGUCCCAUUCUGUCCCGCUCAAGUGGGCAAUUCAAAUGGCUCUAGGCAGGAAAUAAGUCUGGGUGCCAAAAAGUAAAUAUAAUAGAUACCCAGUUAAUAUUCUGGGUGAAAUCUCUACUGUAUUCUGUAUUUUUGUAUAAAUGUAAACAAACAUAUAUGAAAUAUUGAAUAAAGUACAUGUAUCCAAAUGUCA